GUUCGUCCCAGCCUUUUCUUUUCGCGGAGUUGUUGGCCAAGAAAUACUAGGACUGCCCUCCCCUCCUACGCCACGCUCAAUGAAGGAGUUUAUUCAGAGUCCCAUGCAGACACAGAUUUGAUUUUGUCCGUCUUCUUUAUUUUUUACUCACGACACAGGAAUGCCAUGGCCACUCAGAACAACCAGGAUUAUUUCAGGUCUGUCAGUAGCGAAUCCACCACAUACAUGAUGGUUCCGACGAAUAACCGUCGGGACGGACCUUCAAAGUUGUGGGUUGCUAUGGUGGUUAUUGUCGUGGUCGUGCUGCAAAUAGCUUCGACCACUGGACUCUUUGUCUACUUAAACAUGUCGCUGUCUCAGGUGAAGAAUGAGGGGGUGACAGAGGAGCUUCGUUGUCUGGGUCUUCUCAAUGCUUUGGACAAAGAUCGGGACAUCCCUGAGAAUCUGGCCCAGUUGUUUGGGGAACCCUGCCUCAAAUUGGCAGAGGGCAUUAAGAACUACAUCUCCAAGGUGACAGAAAAUAUAAUAUCCAAACAUGCAUUACAAGAAGCCAGGGCCAUACCACGUACUUAUAACACAACAGGGUCAAAGUUCGUCACCGCCGUUACGCAAAGACCGUCAGCACACCUUACCCUCAGAGACAGCAGCCUACAAGGCUCACAAUGGAUCCCAACACCGCAGGCCGAUCUCCACCAAUCCUGUCUCCACCCCGUUCGCUCGUGGGCCAAUCAGAGCUUCGGCUCCCACCUGCACAACAUGACGUUGACCAACGGGAGGCUGCGUGUGCCUCAGGACGGCCGUUACUACCUGUACGCGCAGGUGUAUUUCCGUUACCCGUCCCCCAGCGAAAGCGAUCAGCACAGCGUCAGUCACCAGCUGGUACAGUGUAUUUAUAAGAAGACCUCUUACCUGAAGCCCAUACAGCUACUGAAGGGGGUGGGCACCAAAUGCUGGGCACCAGAUGCCGAGUACGCCCUCCACUCCGUUUACCAGGGCGGCCUCUUCGAACUCCGCGCCGGGGACGAAGUGUUCGUCUCCGUCUCCUCGCCCACCAUGGUGCACGCCGACGAGUCGUCCAGCUACUUUGGCGCUUUCCGCUUAGACCUGUGAAAGGACCGAGAGAGUGAAGCAGAGAGACUACACCAGGACUACAUUACCCACGAGGCACUGAGUGGAAUGUUAAAAUGGAAGCCCUGUGAAAUGGGUUAAAAUGUGCUUUAGUGGUUUUUUUUCUUUUUUUCUUUUUUUUUUUUUAAGAAACAAAAGAGAUGAUUUUUAUAUGUGAAGGAAGCGGCGUAGAGAAACACGGACACGGUUUAUUGUUAAUUUUUAAAGACAGGAGAAUGUAUGUACAUUUUUAAGCCGCAUCAAAGAUGUGGACUGUGGAAACGGUAGCAAAAAAACGAACAAACAAACAGACGAACAAACAAAAACAGACAACGAUAGCAGAGCAGCCUCGUCGGUGAGAGGUUACGUCUGUGCCAAACGGUUUUAACGCUUUAACGAGGAGAAAAAGAGAAACUUAAGGUCUGUGGGCACAACUGGA